GGGGGGGGUGGGGGGGAGGAACAUGGCGCAAGCUCUGUCUGAGGAGGAGUUUCAGCGGAUGCAGGCUCAGCUCCUGGAACUCCGGACAAACAACUACCAGCUUUCAGAUGAACUACGCAAGAAUGGUGUUGAACUCACCAGCCUUCGACAGAAGGUCGCCUACCUGGAUAAGGAGUUCAGCAAAGCUCAGAAGGCACUGAGCAAGAGCAAGAAAGCUCAGGAAGUCGAGGGGCUGUUGAGUGAAAAUGAGAUGCUACAGGCAAAGCUGCACAGCCAGGAGGAGGACUUCCGUUUGCAGAACAGCACGCUUAUGGCUGAGUUCAGCAAGCUCUGCAGCCAGAUGGAACAGCUGGAGCAGGAGAACCAGCGACUGAAGGAUGGGGCUGCCAGGGCAGGGGCUGUCCAAGCUGGGAGCCUUGUGGAUGGGGAGCUGCUAAGACUGCAGGCGGAGAACACAGCCUUGCAGAAGAACGUGGCAGCCCUGCAGGAGCGCUAUGGGAAAGAGGCCAGGAGGUCCCCACCUGCCAGUGAGGGCCAAGGGGACCCCCCGGGGGGCCCAGCCCCCGCUGUCCCGGCCCCCAUGCCGUUGGCAGAAGUGGAACUGAAAUGGGAAAUGGAGAAGGAGGAAAAGAGGUUGCUCUGGGAGCAACUGCAAGGCUUGGAGAGCUUGAAGCAGGCCGAAACGUCCAGGUUGCAGGAGGAACUUGCUAAGCUCUCCGAGAAACUGAAAAAGAAACAAGAAAGUUUUUGCCGUCUGCAGACAGAAAAGGAGACACUAUUCACUGACAGCCGGAACAAGAUUGAGGAGUUACAACAGCGGAAGGAAGCUGAUCUCAAAGCCCAGUUGGCUCGAACUCAGAAGCUGCAGCAGGAACUCGAGGCUGCCAAUCAAAGCUUGGCAGAGCUGAGGGAUCAGCAGCAGGGGGAGCGCCUGGAGCAUGCAGCAGCUCUGCGAGCCCUGCAAGAUCAGGUGUCCAUCCAGAAUGCAGGUGCACAGGAACAAGUGGAAGGACUUUUGGCUGAGAACAAUGCCCUGAGGACUAACCUGGCUGCCCUGGAGCAGAUCCAAACUUCAAAGACCCAAGAACUCAAUAUGCUCCGGGAACAGACUACUGGGCUGACGGCUGAGUUGCAGCAGCGGCAGACUGAGUAUGAGGACCUCAUGGGACAGAAAGAUGACCUCAACUCCCAGCUCCAGGAGUCAUUACGGGCCAAUAGUCGGCUGCUGGAACAGCUUCAAGAAAUUGGGCAGGAGAAGGAGCAGUUGACCCAGGAACUACAGGAGGCUCGGAAGAGUGCUGAGAAGCGGAAGGCCAUGCUGGAUGAGCUAGCAAUGGAGACACUGCAGGAGAAGUCCCAGCACAAAGAGGAGCUGGGAGCAGUCCGACUACGGCAUGAGAAGGAGGUGCUGGGUGUGCGGGCCCGCUAUGAGCGUGAGCUCCGCGAGCUGCAUGAAGACAAGAAGCGGCAGGAGGAGGAGCUGCGGGGGCAGAUCCGCGAGGAGAAGGCCCGAUCACGGGAGCUGGAGACUCUCCAGCAGACGGUGGAAGAACUUCAAGCUCAGGUUCACUCUAUGGAUGGAGCUAAGGGCUGGUUUGAACGGCGCUUGAAGGAAGCCGAGGAAUCUCUGCAGCAGCAGCAGCAGGAACAAGAGGAAGCCCUCAAGCAGUGUCGGGAGCAGCACGCGGGCGAGCUGAAGAGCAAGGAGGAGGAGCUACAGAGGGUGCGGGACCAGCUCCAGCAGGCCCAGGAGGAGCAGGACUGCCACCUGAAGACCAUCAGCAGCCUGAAGCAGGAGGUGAAGGACACAGUGGAUGGGCAGCGAAUCCUGGAGAAGAAGGGCAGUGCCGCGCUCAAGGACCUCAAGCGGCAGCUGCACCUGGAGCGGAAACGGGCAGAUAAACUGCAGGAGCGGCUGCAGGACAUCCUCACCAACAGCAAGAGCCGCUCGGGCCUUGAGGAGCUGGUUCUCUCAGAGAUGAAUUCACCAAGCCGGACCCAGACUGGGGACAGCAGUAGCGUCUCCUCCUUCAGCUACCGGGAGAUCUUGCGGGAGAAGGAGAGCUCUACUGUUCCAGCCAGGUCCUUAUCCAGCAGCCCCCAGGCCCAGCCCCCGCGGCCAGCAGAGCUGUCAGAUGAGGAAGUGGCUGAGCUCUUUCAGCGCCUGGCAGAGACACAGCAGGAGAAAUGGAUGCUGGAGGAGAAGGUGAAGCACCUGGAGGUGAGCAGCGCCUCCAUGGCAGAGGACCUCUGCCGGAAGAGUGCCAUCAUUGAGACCUACGUCAUGGACAGCCGGAUCGAUGUAUCUGUGGCAGCAGGCCACACAGACCGCAGCGGGCUGGGCAGCGUCCUGAGAGACCUAGUGAAGCCAGGCGACGAGAACCUUCGAGAGAUGAACAAGAAACUUCAGAACAUGCUGGAGGAGCAGCUCACCAAGAAUAUGCACUUGCACAAGGACAUGGAAGUCCUGUCCCAGGAAAUUGUGCGGCUCAGCAAGGAGUGCGUGGGGUCCUCUGACCCAGACCUAGAACCAGGAGAAGCCAGCUAAAGACCUGCAGGCUGCAUUCCCUCCCAUACCCACUCCCCAGGACACCAUUUCCUCGGGCUGUGGUGGGAAAAUGGGGGCUGGUGCCAAAAUCAAAUAUGUUGGGAGACUGGACAUUAAACGGGUUGGAGGCCUGAUGGCUGGUGUUAGUGACCCUGUCCUAGGGCAGAGGUCCCUGGGGAGUGGGGAUUGUGAGGGGAGGGGCAGGGAUUUCUCCUCCUCCUUGGCCCUGGCUCCCAGGGGCCUUUGCCUUCAUCUCUGCAUGAGCUCUCCCUCCCAGAGACCAACUCUUUUUUAUUUUAUUUUAUUUUUUAAUUUAUGUCUGGAAGCCUGGCUACUCUGCAUUUGGGAUUGGGGAUGUUGGGUGGGGCACGGUCCAUGUUCAGCAUUCUAGCAACGUGUGUGUGUGUCUGUAAAGGCUGUGCAGCCAAAAUACCAUCUGGCCAGAUGGGCCCACCCAUUGA